GGUGUAAGGAGGCGCCAAUAGCAGCGUAGGUUGAGUGUAGGGCCCGGGCUGCGAGCGAGUCUGCCGCGGGGAGCUUUUGUUGGCGCCGGCGAGAAAGGCCGGGAAGGUGCGAAGCGAGGCUGGCCAUGAGCGGCGGCGUCUACGGAGGAGAUGAAGUCGGCGCUUUGGUGUUUGAUAUUGGCUCCUAUACUGUUCGGGCUGGCUAUGCAGGGGAGGAUUGUCCAAAGGUUGAUUUCCCCACUGCCAUUGGUGUGGUGCUGGACCGGGAUGAUGGGAGCUCCAUGAUGGAGAUCGACGGUGACAAGAGCAAGCAAGGUGGACCAACUUACUACAUAGACACAAAUGCUUUGCGGGUCCCAAGAGAGAACAUGGAGGCCACGUUGCCUUUGAAGAAUGGGAUGAUUGAAGACUGGGAUAGCUUCCAGGCAAUUCUGGAUCACACCUACAAGAUGCACAUCAAGUCCGAAGCAUCUUUGCAUCCCGUACUAAUGUCUGAAGCGCCUUGGAAUACCAGAGCCAAGCGUGAGAAGCUGACAGAACUGAUGUUCGAACAUUAUAACAUCCCUGCUUUCUUCUUGUGCAAAACAGCGGUCCUUACAGCCUUUGCCAAUGGUAGAUCAACAGGCCUGAUCCUAGAUAGCGGAGCGACACACACCACCGCCAUUCCUGUACAUGACGGAUAUGUGCUCCAGCAAGGCAUUGUGAAAUCACCCUUGGCUGGAGACUUCAUCACGAUGCAGUGCAGAGAACUGUUUCAGGAAAUGAAUGUAGAAAUAAUUCCUCCGUACAUGAUCGCCUCAAAGGAGGCUGUCCGUGAGGGUUCUCCAGCAAACUGGAAGAGAAAAGAGAAACUGCCUCAGGUCACAAGAUCUUGGCACAACUACAUGUGUAAUUGCGUCAUUCAGGACUUCCAAGCUUCUGUCCUCCAAGUGUCCGAUUCAACCUACGAUGAACAAGCGGCGGUUUCUGCCUCCAGGGUGGCGGCUCAGAUGCCCACGGUGCAUUACGAAUUCCCCAACGGCUACAACUGUGACUUCGGCGCGGAGCGGCUAAAAAUCCCCGAAGGCCUGUUUGACCCUUCCAAUGUCAAGGGUUUAUCUGGCAACACAAUGCUUGGAGUCAGCCACGUUGUCACCACCAGUGUCGGAAUGUGCGAUAUAGACAUCAGACCAGGCCUCUAUGGUAGUGUGAUUGUAGCGGGAGGCAAUACGCUGUUACAGAGCUUUACAGAUCGGCUGAACAGGGAACUCUCUCAGAAAACACCUCCAAGCAUGCGGCUAAAGUUGAUAGCCAACAACACCACUGUAGAGAGGCGGUUCAGUUCGUGGAUCGGCGGCUCUAUUUUGGCUUCUCUGGGUACUUUCCAGCAGAUGUGGAUCUCCAAGCAAGAAUACGAAGAAGGGGGAAAGCAGUGUGUGGAGAGGAAAUGCCCAUAAACCUAACGCUAUAUAAAUAUAUAUACACGAGACCCCGGCUGCCUUCCCAGCGUUCCUAAUAUUCGAUAGCUUUAGUAUGCUCAGGAAUCGACAUCUGUUGGUUUUUUUUGUAGGAAAAUUUUUACUUUUUGGUGCACCGUUCUCCGGUUUCCACUGUCCGGCAUUAAUUUGAAAGGCCAACCCAAUUCCCUCACGGACUAGAGGAUGCCCGCGCCCUCUGUUAAGGCAAUAACUCUUAUACGGACCUUUUUACAUAGUUUUUUUGUAUAAAUAUCUAUUUUCUGCAAAAUUCCUUUUCCUGGAAACUGACCAAGCUAUAAAAACUGUGGAUGUAAUUUCUUGCUAAUGCCUUGCCAUGAAAUUUCUAAGAAAUGCGUCUACUUUUGCAGAUUAGUCUUCCUUGUGACGUCGGCCUUAAUAAAGUCCUCUAGUUUGUCUUA